AAAUAUUGCAUUCAAUUGUUUAAUUUAAUUAUUGUAAUGUCUCCUUCAACCAAGGAGGUUACUACCAAGUGGCGCACCUCGGCCAGUGUUAUCCUAAUCUCCAAAGAAGCCAACAAGCACCAAGAUUAUAAUCUAUUGAUGCUCAAGCGCAGCGAUCCCACAGCGAUCGUUACGAAUCAAACUGUCUUCCCCGGUGGCCUGCUGGACAAGGCCGAUGAAGACGUUUCCUGGCUGCAGUAUUUCGAGGAGUUCGGUGUGCCACAGGAGGCCCUGAGGCGCCUGGUGCUGAUCCGCGAUGACAGGCCAGCCAUACUGGCGCCCCAUACGGGCUGCUAUGACCGCUUCUUCAAGCGCUCGCACAUUUGGUCGCGGGAGAUUACAUUGCGACUGACUGCUUUGAGGGAGUGCUUUGAAGAGGUUGGAAUUCUCCUGUGUCGCAGCAAAAAUGAACUGGACUUCGGUAAUGUUGCCUUGCCAAAGGAGCUGCCCGAUCGCGAGGCUUGGCAGCGACGAGUGCACAACAAGCCCAGCGAGUUCCUGAACCUGUGUCUGGAGCUGAAGGUGGUUCCUGAUUUGUGGGCCCUACACGAAUGGUCGGCCUGGGCCAGUCCUCCCAUCGUUCGCAAAGGCUAUGAGACUGUCUUCUUCAUAGCCUUUGUGGACACACGACCCAGCCUGCUUGAUGAGCCGUCUGAGGUCAAGGAGUCUUUGUGGUUAACUCCUAUGGAGUUUCUGCGACUGAACAAACUGGGGGAUCUCUGGUUUCUGCCUCCUCAAUUCUAUGAGUUGUCGCGACUUGCCGGAGUUGGAGUUUACGAAUCGCUUCUGGGGUUUGCCACAAAACGCAGCAGGAUGGGUACCACCAUGUUCAUGCCUUUGGUCUAUGCUUGCGAGGGAUCUAUGGUCUAUGUCUUGCCAGGCGAUGACUACUACUUGCCAGAGCCGCAACAUGUUGACGAGAUCAUCAGUUUUCCGGGCUCCGUCGAUGAGUUUGGGGCGCGCUCGAAGCACUUGCAUCGGUACACCUUUGGGGCCUUAGUUCAGAAUCUGGAAAUUAACAUUCCCCCACCAAAUGGCCACUUGAGACCGCAGAGGGUCGUGAACGAGCGUCAAAAGCUUUAGUCACAUUCCAUAGGCAGAUCCUGCUGGGCUGCUGCCCAUCGAGGACAGUGACCUCCCACCCCAGUGACCUGACCCCAUCUGCUUAGCUCUGAUAAGAUACUUAAUGUGACCUUUUAAACGGCGGGGCCUCAAAUCGUUAUGAAAUUAUUCUAAGCGGAUUUGGCUGGGCAUCAAAAUAUCAAGACCCUGCUCUGGACGGCGUUAAUUAUAAUUUUAUAGGCGACACUUUAAUUAAAAAACUGUAGUUUCGGUUCAAGUCUGCCAUAAGUUAGCUUAGGAUUGAAGCCCUGUCCUCUGAGAGGGGGAUGCGCACAUCAAAAGCGCAACUCUAUGCAUAUUCAUGCCCCCCACACCCCCUGGCAACCGCAAAUCAAAACGGGAGUGGAAGAGCAGACAGAGCACAUGAUUUCAUCCCAUUAGGAAUGCAUUUAAAUCACUUUGUGUUUUCCUCCCCCCAAUCAGUGGUUGUUGCGCCACCUGCCGUGUGACUUUGUGCGCUUUACAGCCUUGUCCUGCUCUGAUCCCCCAGGCACAGAAAGGCAGGCCGUUUAAAAAUCAAAAACUGAACGAGCUGUUCCCCGCUUCUGUUUGCUUCGUGCCUGCUCGACUGUUUAUUAUGCAUUGUAAAGGACCAACCCUC